AUGAGCUCCAACCUCGUUGUCCUUCCUCUUCCCCUCAACGCCACGACCCAGAAAACGCCUUCGUCCAAAUUCCCUUCCUCGGCAGCUCUUCCGCGCCACUCUCUCUCCCCGCGAGUUUACAUCCCGCCUCAUAUCUACAAGCACCCUGCCGCCGUUCUCUUGGAGCUCUGUACUUCCGUCAAAGAGCUCAACCAAAUCCUUCCUCUCAUUAUCAAGCACGGCCUCUGCGGGGAACACCUCUUUCAGACGAAGCUCGUCAGCCUAUUCUGCAGCUAUGGCUGCUUGAAUGAGGCGGCUCGGGUGUUCGAGCGGAUUGAGAAUAAGGUGGAUGCGUUUUACCAUACGAUGCUUAAAGGUUAUGUCAACCACUCUUCUCUGGAUACAGCCUUUUCGUUUUUCUGUAGGAUGAGGCACGACGGCGUUACGCCCGUUGUGUACAAUUUCGCGUAUUUGCUGAAGCUCUGUGGGGAUAAUUCGGAUCUUAGGAGGGGGAAGGAGAUUCACGGGCAGUUGAUAAGUAGUGGGUUGUCGUGGAAUUUGUUUGCGAUGACUGGGGUUGUGAAUCUGUACGCCAAGUGUAGGGAAAUUGAUGAUGCCUACAGAAUGUUUGAUAGAAUGCCUGACAGAGACUUGGUGUCUUGGAAUACCAUUGUUUCUGGGUAUGCUCAGAAUGGGGUGGCAAGGGUUGCGUUGGAGUUGGUUUCGAAGAUGUUUGAGGAAGGGCAGAGGCCGGAUUCGAUUACCGUUGUUUCUACUUUGCCUGCAGCUGCUGAUGUUGGGUCGCUGCGAAUUGGGAAGGCGAUUCAUGGUUACUCCAUUCGGGCAGGAUUUGAAGGUCUUGUGAAUGUUUCUACAGCUCUUGUGGAUAUGUAUUCAAAAUGUAAGGAUGUGGGAACGGCAAGGGUACUUUUUGAUGGGAUGAACCGUAGGUCUGUGGUUUCCUGGAACUCGAUGAUUGAUGGGUAUGUAGAAAGUGGGGAUCCUGAAGAAGCACUGGUUAUAUUUCAGAGAAUGAUGAAUGAAGGUGUUCAACCAACUAAUGUCACUGUUAUGCAAGCUCUACAUGCCUGUGCUGAUUCAGGUAACCUUGAGCUAGGGAAAUUUGUACAUAGGUUGGUGGAUGAAUUGAAGCUUGGUUCCGAUGUUUCUGUCAUGAACUCCUUGAUUUCCAUGUAUUCCAAGUGCAAGAGGGUCGACCUUGCUUCUGAAGUCUUCGCGAAACUGAAGAAUAAAACGCUGGUGUCAUGGAAUGCUAUGAUACUUGGUUAUGCCCAGAAUGGAUGCGUCAAUGAGGCUUUGAACUCUUUCUGCCAGAUGCAGUUACAGAAUAUAAAGCCAGAUUCAUUCACGAUGGUGAGUGUCAUUCCUGCUCUUGCAGAGUUGUCAAUUCCGCGACAAGCAAAGUGGAUACAUGGGCUUGUCAUAAGACGGUUUCUGAACGAAAAUGUGUUUGUGAUGACUGCUCUUGUCGACAUGUAUGCAAAAUGUGGAGCCAUCCAUACUGCAAGAAGACUCUUUGACACGAUGAAGGCUAGGCACGUGAUAACUUGGAACUCCAUGAUCGAUGGGUAUGGCGUCCAUGGGCAUGGGCGUGCUGCUGUAGAACUGUUCAUGGAUAUGCAAAAGGGAGAUAUCAAGCCAAAUCAUAUAACGUUCUUGUGUGUUCUAUCAGCUUGCAGCCACUCAGGUCUGGUGGAUGAAGGCAUGCAGUUCUUCAAUAGCAUGAAGGAAGACUAUGGUCUAGAGCCUGCAAUGGACCACUAUGGAGCUGUGGUCGACCUUCUUGGUCGAGGUGGCCGGCUACACGAUGCAUGGGAAUUCAUACAACAGAUGCCUGUCAAACCAGAGAUUUCAGUUUACGGAGCAAUGUUGGGAGCUUGUAAGAUUCACAAGAGCGUUGAUUUUGCUGAGAAAGCAGCGGAGAAACUUUUCGAAUUAAAUCCAGAAGAGGGUGGUUACCAUGUACUUCUAGCUAACAUUUACGCCUCUGCGUCGAUGUGGAAGAAAGUAGCUGAAGUGAGAGGAAUGAUGCAGAAGAAAGGGCUGCAGAAAACUCCAGGGUGCAGUUUGGUCGAGUUGAGGAACGAAGUGCACAGUUUCUAUUCAGGGAGUACAGAGCAUCCACAGUCCAGAAAAAUCUAUGCUUUCCUUGAGAAACUGGUUGGCAAGAUCAAAGCUGCUGGUUAUGUGCCUGAGACCAAUUCAAUCCAUGACGUCGAAGAUCACGUGAAGGAGCAGUUGCUAAACACUCACAGUGAGAAGUUGGCAAUUGCCUUUGGGCUCCUGAAUACUACCCGGGGCACGACCAUCCACAUCAGGAAGAACCUGAGAGUUUGUGGGGAUUGCCAUAGCGCGACAAAGUACAUUUCACUGGUAACAAGAAGGGAGAUAAUUGUACGCGACAUGCAUAGGUUUCACCAUUUCAAAAAUGGAGUUUGUUCCUGUGGUGACUAUUGGUGA